AUAUUCUCUACUUUCCGUUCGCUUAAUUAUUCCAUCAUUUUUCUUCUCUCUUUUUCUGUUUAUUCGGUUCUUCAUUAUUGGCUCUUUCCUCUGAAACUUCUUCCGCCGCUUUCUUCUUUUCCACGUCGAGUUUUUUUGAUUCGGAAUCUGCAUUGUCAAAGCUCUCUCUUUUUUUUUUUCUUUAUUUCCCUGUUUGGUUGACAAGAAAAGUAAAACUCACUCGCCAAUAUUUCAGGUGGUGUACUUUUUGCUGGUCCAAAAUCUUGUAUCAAAACCAUAUUCAAAUAAUUCUGUGGAAAGAAUGUUCAUUCACCUUCAAUAAAUGCAUUGUAGUUGUUGGGAUGAGAAGUUUUCAGGAAGAAGCCCUUACUUAAUGGACAACUGCUCACCAAGUAGCAGUGACAAGAAAACACUGAAGAGGUGGUUCUUCAUUGACAAAAGAGUUGGGUAAAAAAAAAGAGAAAAAAGAAAAAAGAAAAAAUUAGUUUGGAGGGAUAAUUUGCACUAGUUUUUGUUUUUCUUUCCUUCUUCUAGUGCAAGUAGUUGUCUUAAUUUCGCUCUAGUAAGUACAUUGCAAUAAAUCUAAUGGAGUUGAAGUCAAACCAUUCUUCUCCUGUUCUCACUGACCCUGCACCGGUGAACAAGUCAAGACUAGGCAUCCCUUCCGGUUUGUUGCCUUACUCACAGCAAGGACCGUCGUUUUCCGCCUCCGGAAAGUACAUCUCGAUUCCAAGGAAAAAGCCGGGAAAGCUCGAUGAUGUUCGGUCCAACGGAUGGCUGGAUGCAAUGAAAUCGUCCUCACCCCCUCGGAAGAAGCUCAUCAAGGACUUCUCCCUUGAGGUCACUGCUGCAGCCGAUGAUUCGGAGAGCCCUUAUUGCUCAUGGAUGCUCAAGUAUCCAUCAGCACUUUACUGUUUUGGGCAAAUUGUAAAGCAGCAUGCGAGUAACAAGAAAAUAGCAAUUUUUUUGGACUAUGAUGGGACUCUUUCUCCAAUUGUGGAUGAUCCAGAUCGUGCCCUUAUGUCUGAUGCCACGCGUUCUGCUGUGAGAAAUCUGGCAUUGUAUUUUCCAACGGCAAUCAUAAGUGGAAGAAGCCGUGAUAAGGUUUUUGAAUUAGUAGGACUAACAGAACUGUAUUAUGCUGGUAGUCAUGGGAUGGACAUUAUGGGCCCUGUUAAUAGUAAUACAGUGUCAGAUGACCAUCCUAACUGUGUCAAAUCUACUGAUCAACAGGGUAAGGAGCUAAAGCUCUUCCAGCCCGCUAGAGAGUUUUUACCUAUGAUCGAUGAGGUUUUUAGAACCCUUGUCGAGAAUACUAAAGGAAUUGAAGGCGCAAAAGUUGAAAACCACAAAUUUUGUGCUUCUGUACAUUAUCGUAAUGUAGAUGAGAAGAAUUGGUCUACGGUUGCACAGUGUGUCCAUGAUAUUUUAAAAGACUACCCUCGUUUGCGAUUAACUCAUGGGCGUAAGGUUUUAGAGGUUCGCCCUGUGAUUGACUGGAACAAGGGAAAAGCAGUUGAAUUCCUGCUUGAAUCUCUUGGGCUAGAUAGUAGUGAUGAUGUGCUCCCUAUCUAUAUUGGCGAUGAUAGAACCGACGAAGAUGCAUUUAAGGUUUUGAGGGAAAAGAGUAAAGGCUAUGGAAUUCUAGUCUCUUCAGUCCCAAAAGAAACCAAAGCAGUCUACUCUCUCAAAGAUCCUUCCGAGGUGAUGGAGUUCCUCAAGUCCCUAGUGAGAUGGAAGGAGCAGGAUGAAGCUGAAAUCGCUUAAUUAUCAUUCUAAAAGCACAUUAUAAUAAUAAUAAUAAUAAUUAUUAUUAUUAUUAUUCUAGGCGUAUUUAGCUUUUGAAGAUUUUCAUACGUUCUUAAUAAUUUCUAGGCCACUAGGAGAGAGUUGCUGCUUUUCUCUUCCUAUUGUCUUUAUUGUUUUCAAUCAUU